CAGUAUUCUGUGCGUCGCCACCGAAAUGGCACAGUCAACUCCAGUUAGGCUGCAGGAUUUUGCAUAUGAAAUGGCAAAUUCAGCUCCAGUUAGGAUGCAGGAUCUUGCAGAUGCCUUGAAUAAAGCAACAAACGCAGUCCCCUUUCUCAAGUAUCCGCCCCUGCCCCCAGACCCACAACCUGGUCAAACCCCCAAGUUCCCAAAUCAAAUUCCACCACUACCAGACUCUAAUCCUGUUGACGCUUGGAAAUGGGACUUCGCGACCAUCGAAGCAUUCAAAAAGGCGCAGGCUGCAAAGUCUGAAGCAUAUACUGGCAAAGCAUGGAUGGCUUCUGAAAGUAAAUGGAAAAACCGAGUCGGCAAGGGCUGGAAGCCAGUCAGAGUCCUCGGGAGGGGAGGUCAGGGAGUGGUCGGUUAUUGGACUUACGAGGGUCCGGAUCGUGACAAGAAAACAUUAAAAGAUGUCGCUGUCAAACAAGCCGUUAAAGCGGGUCCGACCUACAGGUGGGGUGAUGGACUUGAGAAAGAAUCACAGUUGCUUCAUCUUUUGCAAAAAGCGAAUACGCCUCAUAUUGUGCGAAUGUAUCGUCAACUUUAUGAAGAAGUAGGUCAGCAAACAGACGAAUUUGAUCAUGGAAUAGUCCAUCGAAUAUUCCUAGAGUAUUGCCCAGGGGGAGAUCUUCACGAUUGGCUAGGAAAAUGGAUGAACCAAAACAAGCCUAUUCCUGAGUACGAACUCUGGUGUGUUUUCCAGUGUCUGGCGAGGGCAUGUAUGGUCCUAGAUCGUGGAAGCGAGGAUCUCGCGCGGCAAGCAUGGGUUGGAACAGAGAUCGUUCACUUUGACCUGAAACUUGAAAAUGUCCUGGUCGGCGCAACACUGGAUGACACCGAACAUAGGAAUACCCCCUCCUACAAGAUGUCUGAUUUCGGCCUUGCAACAGCGGUACCACGAAUUCAAAGUCCAUUUUGGAUGGAUAGUGUCAGUAACACGGGCACUGUUCCGUGGUACUUACCAGAGCAAGUUUCAGCGAUGAAUCAUGCCGCACUUUCUCGAUACUUUCCCAACGAACGACCGUGGCUUUCGGCAUUUAGCAGAUCGGUUCCAGGUCGACAGUUUGGAACUCCAAGUAAUAUUUGGCAAGUGGGAUUGAUCAUGCACGUUCUUAUGCGCCAACCACACAAUCGUUCCCCGAACUGGGGAGGCUUAAGAGAGAACGACCCAGACAAGCUCCAAUGCUACACUUCGAACAUGACGACACGUCUUCAAACAGGCGGUAACACUAUUGGUGCAUCGCAAGACUUGGAGGCAGAAAAAAAUCCUCAAAGAUCCAUGUAUAGCAAAGGACUUCGGUCUCUCAUUGCAGAAUGCCUGCUCAUAAAUCCUUCCAAGAGAGUACCAGUAGGAGAAUUGGUCGUUCGGUCAGCCAACCACAUUGAUGCAAUACGGAUAGCCAACGGAACGAAUAUCGGGACUCACGCGCCAUAUCAAGAACCUCAAUUGUCUCAACAGUGGUAUUCUAAUAAAGUAAAUGGAAACCCCGCGAAUGCUCCUCAAAAUCAGCCAGGUGGCUUUCCUCUCGCGCCUCUAUUUCCUCAACCACCUGCUGCAGCUCCUCAAGAUCAGCAAGCUGGUUGGUCCUUCACGCCCGUAUUUCCUGGCCAAGCACCACCUGCUCCUCGGCCCGCCUUUGCUCAGAUCAAUCCUGCAGCUCCAGCUUUCAACCCGGCUGCAGCACAAUUCGUUCCUGGACGACGUUUGAACGCGGUUGCACCCGCCUUCACUCCUAUGGUUGCUCCCGCUCCUGUCAUCCAGUCUAUCAACCCAGCGCCCUUCGUCCCAAUCGGCAACAAUCCGGGGCCGAAUCCUGGCCCUGGCGGUCCUCUCUGGCCCGUUCCAAAUCCCUUGACUGUCAUCAUGCUUAGGAGGUCCAAGCUUUACGGCAUGAUGGGUGGACAUCAAAUCACGUAUCAACUCAAGGACCUCACUCCCAUUACAAGGGUUAGAGAUGUCAUGGAUGAGUUGAUUAAGCUUGGUGUCAAUACGACUAUGGUUCUACGAAACGAAGCAGGGAAGGCCAUGCAGCCUAACAUGAUGUUGGGCGAGUUUCAAAUUGUGCAGAAUAUCAGAGGUACAGAACUAUGAGUUGGGUAUCGUGGGCGUUUUUUGUCAUUCAUGCAAUUGUCCCC